AUGGUUUUCCCCCCUCUCGCUCUCGUCUCGUGUCCAACAAAGCAUCCAUCAUGGCUGCUUCCAAAAGGCCUGUCUGGCGCCGCGCUGCUGGACCGGAAUAUUAAUGGCUGCGAAGGAGACGGGCCACACUGUCACCACGGAAACAUACAUGUGCGUCUGUCUGUGAUGAUGGAGCGGGAGGAGUCAGGAGAGGAGGGGGAGGAGUCAGGAGGAGAGGGAGGAGUCAGGAGAGGAGUAGGAGAAGUCUGGAGAGGAGAGGUAGGAGUCAUGAGGAGGGGGAGGAGUCAGAAGAGGAGGGGGAAGAGUCAGGAGAGGCGUGGGAGGAGUCAUGAGGAAGGAGAGGCGUCAUGA